UGACCCGGAAGUUAUCGCCUUCCUUAAAAGCGUCGGCCCGCUGAGCGCGGCCUUUUCCUGUGUGUGUCAGACCCGCGCGUGGUCUGCGCCGAGCGACUGGGAGUCCUCGCCUACUCCUUCAGUUUCUGUUUCUAGGAUGACGGAGUGGGAGACAGCUGCACCUGCAGUAGCAGAGACCCCGGACAUAAAGCUUUUUGGGAAGUGGAGCACCGAUGAUGUGCAGAUCAACGACAUUUCCUUGCAGGACUACAUUGCUGUGAAGGAGAAGUAUGCCAAGUACCUGCCCCACAGUGCAGGGCGCUAUGCAGCCAAGCGCUUCCGCAAAGCACAGUGCCCCAUCGUGGAGCGCCUCACCAACUCCAUGAUGAUGCACGGCCGCAACAACGGCAAGAAGCUCAUGACCGUGCGCAUCGUCAAGCACGCCUUCGAGAUCAUCCACCUGCUCACGGGCGAGAACCCCCUGCAGGUCCUGGUGAACGCCAUCAUCAACAGUGGCCCCCGGGAGGACUCCACCCGCAUCGGGCGAGCUGGAACAGUGAGGCGGCAGGCCGUGGACGUGUCACCACUGCGCCGUGUGAAUCAGGCCAUCUGGCUGCUGUGCACAGGUGCCCGUGAGGCUGCCUUCCGGAACAUCAAGACCAUCGCCGAGUGCCUGGCAGAUGAGCUCAUCAACGCGGCGAAGGGCUCCUCCAAAAGAUCUGAAGAGACACCUCAUGAAAGAAGAUACACAGCUGGCAGAUCAGAUGAAAAUACUCUCAAUGUCAUAUGCCAUCAGGGAAUUACAAGUUUAAACAACAAUAUCACUACAUAUCUAUCAGAAUGGCUAAAGUCCAAAAUACUGAGAACAGGAGGAAACAGAACUCUGAUUCACUGCUGUUGAGAAUGCAAAAUGGUACAGCCACUUUGGAAGACAAUUGGGUAGUUUCUUACAAAGUUAAAUACAGUUCUGUCCUAUGACCCAGCAAUCACACUCCUAGGUAUUUAUCGAAAUGUGUUGAAAACAUGUCCAUAUAGAAACCGGCACAUGAAUGUUUAUAGCAGUUUUAUUCAUAAUUGCUUAUAACUAGACUCAAAAUCAGAUGCCAUUCAAUAGGUAAACGGAUAAAGAAUCUGGACAUUCACACAAUGCAAUAUUAUUUAGCAAUAAAAAGAACUAAGCUAUCAAGCCACAAAAAGGGAGAAAUCUUAAAUGCAUAUUCCUAAGUGAAGAAGUCAGUCUGAGAAAUGUACAUUCUGUAUAAUUCCAACUCUGACAUUCUGGCUAUGGUAAAACUGUAGAGACAAUACAAUAGUGGUUGCCAGGGACUUGGGGACCGGAUGAAUAGAUGGAGCACGGGGUUUUUCAUGCAGCAAAACUAUCCUGUAUAAUACUGUAAUGGUUGACAUGUGACAUGCAUUUGUCAAAACCCAUAAAAUUACAGUACAAAAGGUGAACUCUAGUGUAAACUAUGGAUGUUAAUGUAUAAAUGUGGGUUGUGACAAACAUACCACACCUUAACAGUAGGGGCAACUGUGCAGGGAGAGAUAGGGAAUAUGAAGACUCUACCAUCUGCUCAAUUUUCCAUAAACCUUGAACUGCUCUUAAGUAUUAAAA